GGAAGAGGCAAGUCUCAGGGCCUGCGAGGCCUCCUGUAAUUGUGACGAUGUGAGUGUGGACGGGGUCUGGUCCAGGGGACUCGGUGCAGCAGGGAGCCUGUUCCUGGGGUUCCCGCGUGGAAACGCAGGUCUGUUUACACCCGAGUUUGCAGGUGUGGCAUGUCCCUAGGUGUCCAUGCGCUCUCUCGUCUCUCCUGUAGCUCCAGGGAGGCUUCGUCUCCGAGGCACCACUGAGCCGACCAAGUCUGUCUGGACCUUGGGAAGCAGGAGGUGCUUGCUGGGCAGGAUGGAGUGGCAGGUGCUGGUGCUGGCCGCCUGCCUGGGCUUGGCUGACCCGGCCUCCGCGGACUGUGCCGCCCAGUGCUCCGCGUGUGCCGCGCAGACCCAGGAUGCAGAGCAGAGCAUCAACCCGCUGAUCUGUGCGCUGGAGUGCCAGGGCUCCUUGCUGUCCGGCGCCGAGUGGGAGAGGUGCCAGGGUGCCCUGUCCCUCCUCACCCCCUUCCUGGCAGCAGCGGAGGGAAAGGACCUGUCCCCACUGGAGGCGGAGGCCGACGGGAGCCCUGGCCUGGCGGAGAUGUCCGGCGGCCCCGUGAAGCGCUACGGCGGCUUCAUGAAGAAGCUGGACAAGAACAAGAUCUUCUCCCUGCUGCGCGAGAACGCGCACAGCAAGGGCGGCCUGCACAAGACGUACGGCGGCUUCUCCCGCAAGCUGGGCGAGCGGGAGGCCUUGGAGAUGGCCGAGGACGACCCGGCGCUGGAGCCCGGGGACGAGCCCAAGGAAGGGGGCCUCAAGGACGAGAUGAAGCGCUACGGCGGCUUCCUCCGCAAGUACCCCAAGAGGAGCUCGGAGCAGGCGGCCGAGGGCGGCGGGUCGGAGCCGGAGGACCUGCACAAGCGCUACGGUGGCUUCAUGCGCCGCAUCCGCCCCAAGCUCAAGUGGGACAAUCAGAAGCGCUACGGCGGCUUCCUGCGGCGCCAGUUCAAGGUGACGACACGGUCAGACGAGGACCCCAGCGUCUACUCGGGGGAGGUCUUGGACCUAUAGAGCCCCCCACACCCGACACGUUUCCUGUAGGGACUGCACCGCUCAUCCCGGCCCGUGUCCCCCCGCGCUCAGCCAGGCAGCGCAGGUCUUGCGCUCCAUAGACAGGGACGGUCACCACCCAGCUGCUGCUUCCCCAACGAGCCAGAGGUUCAGGGUCGGGCGGGGGCUGCGACCUGCAGCCUUCCCCGCUGGGCUGUCUGCCGCCGUUCUGGGAUUGGGACCCGCCUGUUCCCAGCACCGGACAGGCAGCCCCAGACCCGGGUUGAUUUCAGUCCCUUUGCCCAACAGCCGUUGUUAGGAGAUGGCCCAAGCCAACCCGCCGUGCCCGCCUGUGCAACACCCCACGCCCGGGAGAAGUGUUGGCCUGCGUCGAAACCCCCCGGGGUGACCCCUUCGGUCUGUAACGGACCAAACCGGCGCACCAGGUCCAAAUGCCCCCGGGCUGGGAUGCAGCUCCAGGUCUGACCCACCACGGUAUCCCCUCUGCAGAGGCUCGAGCACGGCUGCUGCAGCUCGCUUCAAACACGGAGCAGUGGCCUUCCUGCUGUUCCUCCUUGGCUCCAUUCGUGCCGUUCCCUCUGCUGCGCUUGCGCACGCUGCACCCCACUCUGCGUCUCUGAGGGGAGAGGGUUUGUCCUCCGCUGACCUGGUUUUGCUCCAGCUCCAUUGCAGCCGCGUGGCUUUGCCAGGCACCAUGAUGGAGGGAGAACAAAGGGGUCACCUUCAUGACGCCCCGAUUUGAUCUCUGCACUGCUGCCCCUGGGGGGUCUCUGUGCCCAGGCAUGGAGCAAGGGGAAGACGUCCUGCUGCUGGCACUGCCCUAUUCUUUGUGCCCCGGCGAGGCUGGCACACAUGGGAUCAGAGCUGCUGGUAAUUAGGCGCCACUUUGAACGCCCUUCGCAGUCUCCAUCCUAUCGCGUGCACCCAGAGGGGAUGCUGCUCGCACAGAUCAAAGCAUGGGGCCAGCGCUGAAAGCCAGACUCGUGGCCUGAUGCUGCCAGCCAGCACGCCGCUCUCUCCCCGCGAGCUCUCAGACGCAGCCGGCCCACAGAGACCCCCACGAUUUGGAUGGGACAGUCGUAUGUCUCCAUUGCAGUCCAUGGGGUGAGCCUGGGGCCAGUUUGCCGAGGGAAAGGGGUCAGGAUCCAGCUUACCCUAGGGGGGUCACUGGCUGGGACCGGAAGGGGUAGCAGAGCAUUUCCAUUUCCCAUUGAUAACGGGCAACGGAAGCCCCCCGGCCAUGGGGGCCGCCGAGGUUGGGGUACCGUGGGGCCGCACUGCCUGGCUGAGCCCCUGCCACCCCCCGCAGUCGCUCGCUCCCUUGUGCUGUUUGUGAAGCGUGCAGGUCACCCGGAGUCUGCCUCCGGUCCCUUUUUUUUUGUUAUUUGGUUUACAGGGAUCAAUAAACGCCGACGUC